UAUAUAUAUAUAUAGCAAUAUAUGUAUUUACUGAAGAAAUCUCAAACAAUACAGUUGUCAUUUUUCUAUCAACUUCCAAAGUUUUCUUAGAUGGAGAAAAUGGAGAUUCUGUCAUCUUUGAGAAUUACUAAAACUGUUCUUGCAAUCUUGUCACUUGUUUUGCUUUCCAACAUUCGGGUCCAGGCACAAGGUAUACUUCUACUUCCCUCGCAGAAACCAUCUCAACGUGAGACAAGAGUAAUACAGAUUGGAGAAGGAGCUACCACUAAUGCACAUGACUCUAUGUUGAAAUUUGUAAAUUCAUCAAGCUUUCCGAAUCGGGAAACAUUUCCACGUGGCUUUUUGUUUGGUGCUGGAACAUCAGCUCCUCAGAUUGAAGGUGGAUCGCAUGAAGGAGGAAGAGGACUUGGUAUAUUUGACGAAAUAUAUUCUGGUGCUGAUAAAUUUGAUACAAAGAUUGAGCAUUACACGAGAUAUAAGAAGGAUGUGCAAAAAUUGAAGAUUCUUGGUGUAAAUUCUUACAGAUUCUCCAUAUCUUGGAAUAGAGUAAUACCAGAUGGAACCUUAAAAGGAGGUAUAAACAAAGAAGGUAUCAACUUCUACAACAAUUUGAUCAACGAGUUACUCAACAAUGGUAUUGAACCUUUUGUGACUAUAUUGCACCUUGACUAUCCAUUAGCUCUUCAAAAAAAGUUUGGUGGCUUCUCAAAUCACUCUAAUGUGAAACAUUUCAAGGAUUACAGUGAACUCCUAUUCAAAACAUAUGGUGAUCGUGUAAAACAUUGGACUACAUUUAACGAGCCAGAAGUUCAAGCAGUGUUUGAAGCCGUGUACAAUGUUGGUAAAUUGUCUACGGACCCAUGUCCAACUACUAAGAUAUGUACGGAAGUAUAUACUAAACUUCAUAACUUCCUCAUCGCCCAUGCUAUGGCUUCAAAGUUAUACAAGUCCAAAUUCCAAGCAAUUCAAGAGGGAGAAAUCGGACUUGUUAUUUCAUCAGAAUCAUAUUUUCCUUACAGUUCCAAACUAGAGGAUGUGGAUGCUGCUCAAAGAUUAACAGAUUUUACAUGGGGAUGGGUUUUAGAGCCAUUGUUCCAUGGGGAUUAUCCACAAAUAAUGAGAAAGCUAGUGGGAAAAAGACUACCCAAAUUCACUAAAAAUGAGAAAGAAAUGUUGAAAGGAAGCAUAGACUUUAUUGGAAUUAAUUAUUAUACUUCUCACUUUGUUAGACAUGAACCAAAUAGAACCAAGGUUACUGGUGGAUAUUUCGACGCCUUAGCUAAUACAGAAGAUAUUAAUGCAGAAGGAAAAACUCUUGGAUACUUGGAUCAAUAUGGUGGUAGAUAUGUCUAUCCCGAAGGAUUAUAUAAUUUCUUACUCUACAUUAAAAAAAAGUACAAAAAUCCCAAAAUCUACAUUACUGAAAAUGGAAUUCCUUCGAUCAAAAUCCCAAAUCCUUUGAAAGACAAACAUCGAAUUGCUUUCAUUACUGCACAUAUAAACGCUACCAAAACAGCAAUUGAUGAUGGUGUAAAUGUUCGUGGAUACUUUGCAUGGGCAGCAUUUGAUACAUUUGAUUUUAAGGAUGGAUAUUCUCAUAAUAUGGGGCUUUAUCAUGUCGAUUUUAAUGAUUGUCUCAAACGUAUACCGACAGACACAGCUAAAUGGUACAAAAAGUAUUUGACCCGUGAUUUGAAAGAAUAAAUGUUAUUUUUGUAAUUGGCCUCAUCUUGGAGAAGAGGGAGCAAUUUCCAGUUUAUGUAUGAUUAUUUAUAUUGUAUUGCUUGUGUUUUGUUAUAAAUAAAACGUAGUAUUCAUCCCAA